GUGUUUUGAUUUGAAUUUUGAAAUCCAAUAUGGCGUCUCCUUCAAAUACGCCCAAGGCGCCGUCCCCGCCACCACCGGGACAUACUCCCAGUAAAAUGGAACGAAGAAUGUCUCAUUUCAAAGAAUAUAAAUUCUUUAGAAGCUUCAGUGCGAAAGUGGAGAACUGGCCGAUGAGAAAAGCAGAACAACUAUGGCGGAAGAUGAGGGAGCGAAAAAUUGCAGAGAUCGAAGCGGCGGAGGCGUGCAAAUGGCUACGAGCUGCCGGCUUCCCUCAGUACGCGCAGAUGUACGAAGACCUCCAGUUUCCCAUCGACGUGUCGGGGGUACAGAACGACCACCCGUUCUUGGACGCGGAUUCUUUGCAGUCCCUCUUCAGGCGGCUGACUGCACUCAACCGAUGUGCCAACAUGAAGCUAGAGCACCAUCACCAUCAGAAAAGAUCGAACGACUCUGACGAUGACCAAUGCGCGCUCAGCGACAAAUGGCAGUACGAGAGGAAGUCACGGCGGUGGUCGCGAGUCGUCGAGAUCACACCGCAGGCGCAGCGGAGGUUACAGGUGAUAGCCGCAAGAGCGAUAGCAGAGAGAGAAGCAAGAGAAGCGAGAGGGGAAGAGGAGGACGACGAAGACGACACCCUUCCCACCAUCAGAGUGGGACUGGUGGAUGCUGAUGGCCACUACACCGACGUUGAACCUGACUUACUAACAGUACCAGGCCAACCAAUGAUACAGUUACCAAGUGACAAGGAGGAUGAAGAAGAAAACGGCACUAGAUUUAGAAGAACUGGCUCAGAACGACUCCGGGACGGCGCGAAAGCCUUACUCAGACGUGUAGAAUCUCUCAAAACAAGGAGAAGAAAACGGCAAAACAGAACCGAAGUCAUCGUCUCCUCUCCACACUUUUUAGAUACACAAACAGAUCGAUAUCCAGAUCUAAAUUAUAUUGACAUGACUCCCACAACUCCUACAGCUUUUCCUUUCCCAGAUUUUGCUAGUUCUCCUUUACAUGCUCCAGCUAUUCGAACUCAACCUCCUUCACCUAUGACCAUUAUGCCACCAUCUCCCAUCGCUCCGCUGGAGCAGUCCUUUGUUUUAAAUCAUCCAUUUGGAGACGAUAGCUCUAGUUACGCCUCUGACGGAAGUAUGGGAUCGAGUAAUAAGAGUUCUAAGUCUAAAUUAGGAAAGGCGAAGCGCAUUUUCCACAGAGGGAUCAAGAAUGAUGACUCCAGUGCACUGAGUGACUCGGAAUGCCAACCGGCCAGCUGGAGGCAUAAUUAUUAUAGAGAUCAUAAUACUCAUCACAAUACUGAGGUGUACGUGGAACCUCCGUCACCAAUAGAUCUAAAGCCAGACCCGGCGGUGCUGAAGGAGGUACAGAAAUCCCCUGGACACACAACGCAUAGACGGCAGGCUAUUCGCACCAGCUCACUAAACCUGGGGAAAGAAGGACAGAAAUUUAGGGACAGAAGCUUGAAGAGGGACAAGUCAGCAUCGAGGAGUUCUGAACUCGAGGACAGUCCCAAUUCUGCGGGGUCACGGUCCCAUGACGGCGACCAGGACGACGAUGAUGACAGUGUUGACAUCAAAUCUAAAAAAAAUAACAUUCAGAGGUGGUAUUCAUUCCGGACGACUACGCUAAACGGUGGUCCCAAAGCCCACAAUACUUUGCAGCCAGUAACCAAUCAAAAGGAUCCAGAAGCGUAUUUGUCUCGACCUAUGUCAUCUCUAUCCUGCGGGCAGCUGCACAUCUUGCGAAAACUGGCCCUGCUUCGACUCACCGCGUGUAUGGAGCGGUACUGCCCUUCACACAAGUCCGGUUGGAACUGGGAACUACCAAAGAUUAUUAGAAAGAUCAAGACUCCUGAUUAUAAAGAUAAAACCGUUUUCGGCGUGCCCCUCACCGUGUCGCUGCAGAGGACAGGCCAUUCUUUGCCGAAGCCCAUACAGUGCGCACUCAAUUGGCUGAAAAACAACGCCCUCGACCAGAUGGGUAUCUUCCGGAAAGCCGGUGUCAAGUCAAGAAUAGCGAAGCUACGCACAUUAGUCGAAAGCGCAGGCGCCGUGAACGCCGCCUUCGCUAUUGAAAACAUGAACACAGUGGACCCUCACCAGUCAAGCCUGAACUUCGACGGCGCGCAAGCACACGACGUGGCCGAUAUGGUGAAACAGUACUUCAGAGAGUUGCCUGACGCGCUGCUGACGAACAAGCUUAGUGAGACGUUCAUUGCGAUAUUUCAACACGUACCAGAACCUCUCAGGCCUGACGCAGUGCAGUGCGCAUUACUCUUGCUGCCUGAAGAACACUUGGAGGCAUUGCAGUCACUACUCAUAUUCCUUGCCGAGGUUGCAGAGCAUUCGGCAGUGAACCAGAUGACAGCGUCUAACUUGGCUGUGUGUUUGGCCCCCACGCUGCUAAGGCUACAUCACGCGCCGCCUCAGACUGGUAGUACGAAGGAAGGAAAUUCAAAUCGAAUGGUGAUAGAAAGCGUGGCCGAUCAGCGGCAAAUCAGCGAAAGUCGCGCAGCUCAUGCAUGUCUCCUACUCCUCAUUCAGAAGCACCAGCAGCUGUUUUUGGCGCCAGCGGACAUGCUGGCGCGGUGCAAGUUCAACUAUUUCGAGGAGAGUGUGCCUGUUGCGCUAGAAGAAUUAGGAGCAGAUUUCAACCAAGACUGGAAAGGUUUUCAACAAGCCUGCAUUAAAGCUUUACUAAAAGAAGCCAAAGAAAAAACGAGAGGAUGGAUGUCAGUGUCCGGGGCAGCGCCUCACGUGGAGUUGUGCUGCAAGAAGGUCGGCGAUGGGCACCCUCUGCGGCUAUGGAGGGCUACCACGGACGUGGAGGCUCCGCCGCAGGAGGUUAUGCAGAGAAUUCUUCGCGAGCGUCACAUCUGGGACGACUCGUUAGUGAAGUGGCGGGUCGCUGAGAAGCUCGGCACGAACGCAGAGGUGUUCCAAUUCAUAACCGCCUCGAGCAUCAACCUACCACAAAGAGAUUACUGUGUUUUGAGAUCCUGGCAGCAAGGCGGCGGUGGCGGAGGUUGGUGCGCGGUGGCCGAGACUUCGGUCGCGCACGGCAACCAGCCCACCGACGGGUCCCGCGGCGUGGUGCUCGCCUCGCGCUACCUCGCACAGCCGGCCGGCAAGGGCCGCAGCCGACUGGUGCAUCUGGCCAGGGUUGACACUAUGGGGCGGACUCCGGAAUGGUACAACAAAUGCUACGGUCACAUAUGUGCGCUAUAUUUGGCACGAAUUCGGGCCUCUUUCAAGCACAACACCGAAGGACCAGAGUCGAAUGUAUGAUCCAAGCAUUCCGCUUAAGCCGGCAGUGUAGCGCCAGCUUAAGUUUGACGUGAAGGGACGUCAGUGUGUACAUAGCCUUAUUUUAAAGGCAUAAUUUUAAGCUUCGGGGAAUUCCUAGAAACAAAAUGCAUACUCGUGCAUCAUGAGAUGUCUCAAUGUCGUUAAUAGGUACAUCAUAGUUCUUAAGCACAAGGGAAUUACUUAAUAAGAAUAUUGAGGAUGAAAAAUUGUUAUUACUCAUUGUACUGAAGGGACUUUUCUUGUAAUUGUUGUAAGGAAAUACGUGAGAGUAUAAAUGCGAUGUUACUUUGAGAAACCCAGGUGUUCUACGAACCUAUAAAUUAAUUAAUAA